AUGACGCAAGAACCAUCGGUGGACAUAGCUAGCACCUAUCAGCAAAUUAAUGAGGCAGAGAAACAAGCAUCAAAGUUGGAGCUGAUGCUAGAUUCAUUCGAGGCAAAGCUAGAUUCGAUUUUGAAGGAUGCAGAAAAUAUCAACUCAACAGAGGAUGAAAAGCAGGGUGACAUCGCUCGCUCAGAAAGCCACCUGCAACAAGAGCCUUUACAUUCGACAGAGCAAACUGGUGGAACGAAAUCACUGCAAGAGCAAAACUAA